UUUUCUAUUCCUUUACUAUAUUUAUCAUUUAAUAUUUUAAUAUUGUUUAAUACAAUAAAUUUUUGCUUAUGUAUUUUACAUCUGUAUGAACUGAUCGUCAUAAAUUUCGAAAAUUUUUGUGAAAAGUUACGUAUUGCUUAUUUUGAGUACUCUGGUAGUUCUAGUAUCAAAACUGAAUAUAUUGAUAGAUAUGGUGAAUUUCGUUUUAAUUCUUCAUUUCAUUUAAUAUUUUGUACUUUAGUAUUUUCUAUUCCUUUACUACAUUUAUUAUUUAAUAUUUUAAUAUUUAAUCAAUCUAUUUGGUAUAAUAAUGUUAAGUAUUAUAUGCAUAUGCCAAAUAAAUAUAAAAUUAAUCACUGCAAUCUCAUCUAUUGUUCAUAUAGGAAUUAUAUUAAUAGGAAUAUUAUUAAUAACAAAAUCAGAAUUAUA